AUGGUCAAGCCUAAUGUAUUGAUUCUCGGAGGUGUUGGAUUCAUUGGAAGAAACUUGGUGCAGUUCUUGGUUGAGAAGGCACUGUGCGAUCACAUUCGUGUCGUUGACAAGGUGUUGCCAACCACUGCUUUCCUCGGAAAGAAGCACGCCGAUGCCUUUGCCAAGGUCGAAUACAUGCAGGGCAACCUCACCAGCCCAGCCUCGAUCACCAAAUGCUUCACACUCGAUGGCGGACGCAAAUUCAACUACGUCUUCAACUUGGCCGGCGAGACCAAGUACGGCCAGACCGAUGCCGUCUACAACGAGAAGAUCUUUGACGUCACCGUCAAGUGUGCCACCGAGGCCGCCAAGGUUGGCGUCGACAAGUUCAUCGAGGUCUCCACCGCCCAGGUCUACGAGUCCAAGAAGAAGGCCAGCAAGGAGGGUGACAAGAUCGAUGCAUGGACCCUCAUUGCCAAGUACAAGUUCAACGCUGAGAACAAGUUGAAGGAGAUCGCUGGUUUGAACUACGUUAUCCUUCGUCCAGCAGUUGUCUAUGGUCCAGGUGACGUCUCUGGAGUCUCACCAAGAAUCAUCACAGGUGCCGUCUACAAGUUCCUCGACGAGAAGAUGGAGUUCCUGUGGGGAGGUGACCUCAAGGUCAACACUGUGCACGUGAACGAUGUCUGCAAGGCCAUCUGGCACGUUGCCCUCGGUGCUCCAAAGGGCGCCGUCUUCAACCUUGCCGACAAGGGUGACACUGACCAGGCAAAGAUUAACAAGUGUCUCGAGAAGGUCUUUGCCAUCAAGACCGGAUUCCACGGCUCCAUCGUCUCCAACCUCGCCCAGCUCAACCUGAAGGCUGUCUGUGAGCAGGCCAACAACAAGCAUCUCAAGCCAUGGUCCGACCUGUGCAAGCAGAAGGGUAUCCUCAACACUCCACUCACCCCAUAUAUCGACCAGGAGCUGUUGUCCAACAACCACUUGGCCGUCGAUGGUACUGCCAUCGAGGCAACUGGCUUCAAGUAUGACUACCCAGAGUUGACUGAGGCAGGUAUCAGAGAGGAGAUCGAGUACUUCCAGGCUCAGAAUCUGUUCCCAGCCAUCUAA